AUGUCUUCCUACAGACAGAUGAUCAGCUCCCGCUGCCUUGUGCCCUGCCAAGUGACCUGCCCACAGCCGUUUGUAAAUGCCUGCAACCAACCCUGUGUUACCUCCUGUGGUGAUUCCAGAGCUGUCAUCUACCCACCACCCGUGGUCAUGACCUUCCCAGGACCCAUUCUCAGCUCCUGCCCUCAGGAGAGCAUCGUGGGCAGCUCAGCACCAUCCAGCAUCAGGAGCUUCUCUGGAUCCAUGAGCUCUCUGGGUUCCAGUGGCUCCUACACCUCUAGGAGCUUGUACAAUUAUGGGAGGUCAUAUUCUUCCUAUGGAUUCAGUGGUUAUGGUUUUGGGAGCUGCAGACCAUGUUAA